AUGCUCCGAUGUGUGCGGCUGCUGCGCACGCCGUUUAACGAGCUCACCCUCACUGGAAGUUGCUGGUCCCGCUUUUUGGCGAGGCCAGUGCAAAAGUCCCCUGCCGCGACCUCCGCCACGGCGCCGGUGCCGUGCAUUACCCUCAUCCCCACCCUCCACGUGGCGUCGGUGGAGUUCUACGACACGCUGCUGGACUACAUGGUGCGGGCGGUGAAGGAGCAGGAAAACGCCAUCAUUCUGCUGGAGGGGAUUUGCGACACGGAGGAGAGCGAGGUGCAGCAGAUGGAGGAGUACUUCGCCAUCGCACACAGCGAGCAGCUGAAGGCGGAGAUGCUGCAAAAGGCAGACCAGAACACCCUUUACGAUGAGGAGACGGUAAAGGCCAUUUGCGAGGAACUCGCCGUGAAUUACGAGGCCCUGUCGAAGCAGCAGUCGACGGUGCGGCUGCAGGAGUGCUACCUCAAACCAAAGAUGGCGGCCCUCGUCGGCUCGCACCUCCGCAACGACGCGGAUCUCAACAUGAGUGAGGUGGAGGCGAUCCUGGCGGAGGAGGGCAGCAGCACCGGCAGCGUGUUUGUUCCCUUUAGCCAACUCGGCGCCAACCCGGCCGUGCGCCGCAGCCGUGAGCGGAAGGUGGCGAAGGCGGCCCAGAUGCGCUGCGUGGAGUGGCUUCAACGGGGGUGCGGGGGCGAGGUGCUGUUGCCGUGGGGUUUCUACCACGCGGAAGGAAUUAGGAAAAACAUUUUGGCGUCAAACGCGCACGACGAGACCGCUGUGUUUCUGGAGAGCGAAGAUAAGGUGUGUCGUGUGCCGUUUGGCAUCAGCAAGGAACUCUUGGCCUGA